UCGCCUUUUGGGUCCUUUUCUCCGCGGCGCUUUUUCUCCAGCAGCACCCGUCGCCCGUGCGGCCGUGUUCCAUACUCCCGCCCGGCGUGUGCGCGGCAUGGCGCCAGCAUGCGGCGGCGGACGUGGUCGCUCUCCUCUGUCGCCUCUCCUGGGCUGCCUCGUCGCCGUCUUUCUUCUGCUGCUCUCCGCCGCCGCCGGCCGCGCGGAGGCGCAGCUGCAGCCGCUGCCGCCGCUCGCGGUGGCGACCUACAACUACACCUCGUUCCAGGCGGGGAACUCGCGGGAGGCGGCCGAGCUGGUGUACAGCAAGGACGCCCGCGUCUACCAGGGCGCGCUCCAGGUCACGCCGGACACCGGGAACGCCGGCACCUACCGGGACAUCAUGGUCAACAAGUCCGGCUCCGUGCUCCUGCGCCGCCGCUUCAAUCUGUGGCGCCGCGUCGACGACGGCGGUAAUGCCACAGCCUCCCAGCAGGCCCCGCGCGUCCAGGUCGUGUCGUUCAACGCCACCUUCUCCAUGAACGUGUACCAGCUCACCGCCGCGAGCCCCGGCGAGGGCCUCACCUUCGUGAUCGCGCCCUCCCGCGACGAGCCGCCCCCCGGGAGCUACGGUGGCUACCUGGGCCUCACCAACUCCACGCUGGAGGCCGCCGGCCCGGCGGCGAACCGGUUCGUGGCCGUCGAGUUCGACACGCUCAAGCAGAGCUACGACCCCGACGACAACCACGUCGGCCUCAACAUCGGCUCCGUCGUCUCCAACAAGACGGCGAGCCUCGCGGGCUUCAGGAUCGCCACGAACGAGACCACCGCCACCAACUACACGGUCUGGAUCCAGUACGACGGCGCGGCGCGGCACAUGUCGGUGUACAUGGACAUCAGGGGCAGGCCCAAGCCGCCGUCCCCCGUGCUCGAGUCGCCGCUCGACCUCAGCUUGUACGUCCCCGAGACGGCGUACCUCGGCUUCUCGGCGUCCACCGGCACCAGCUUCGAGCUCAACUGCAUCCUCGACUGGAGCCUGUCGAUCGAGAUCAUCCCCGACAAGAAGAGCAGGACGUGGAUCAUCAUCGUCGCCGUCGUCGUGCCCGUCAGCGUCGCCGCGGUCGCCGUCGCCGCCUUCUUCCUGACCAAGAAGCUGCGGGCGAGGCGGUCCAUGGAGCGGCGGCAGGAGCGGCUGGAGCACCAGCUGACCAACCUCCCCGGUAUGCCGCGGGGGUUCGAGUACGAGAAGCUCAGGAAGGCCACCCGGAACUUCGACGAGCGGCUGCGGCUGGGGAAAGGCGGGUACGGCAUGGUGUACAAGGGGGUGCUCCCCGCCGACGACGCCCGGUCGGAGGGGAUGUCGGUCGCUGUGAAGAGGUUCAUCCGGGACGACAGCAGGGGCGUCAGCGACUUCCUCGCCGAGGUCCAGAUCAUCAACCGGCUGCGCCACAAGAACAUCGUCCCUCUCAUUGGUUGGUGCUACAAGAAGGGGCAGCUGCUGCUGGUGUACGAGUACAUGCCCAACGGCAGCCUGGACCAGCACCUGUUCCGCCGGGGCGUCACCGAAGAGCAGCGCCCCCCGCUCAGCUGGGAGAGGCGCUACGCCGUGGUCGCCGACGUCGCGGCGGGGCUCCACUACGUCCACCACGAGUACACCCACAUGGUGCUCCACCGCGACGUCAAGGCCAGCAACGUCCUCCUGGACGCGUCCUUCCGCGCGCGGCUCGGCGACUUCGGCCUGGCGCGCGUCCUCGAGCACGACCGCAACUCCUUCACCGACCUCAACGUCGCCGGCACGCGCGGCUUCAUCGCGCCGGAGUACUUCGUCGGCCACAAGGCCUCCCGGCAGACGGACGUGUUCGCCUUCGGCGCGCUCGUGCUCGAGGUGGUCACGGGCCAGUACGCGCUGCGCGCCGACCCGCGGUGCCCGGUGCUGGCCGACUGGGUGUGGCAGAUGCACGGCCGCGGCGCGCUGCUCGGCGCCGUGGACCAGAGCCUCGGCACGGCGGGGUUCGACCACGACGAGGCCGCCCGGCUGCUGCUGCUGGCGCUGGCGUGCAGCAGCCCCAACCCCGGGGACCGGCCCACCAUGCCGCAGGUGAUGCAGGUCCUGUCCAAGGCCUCGCCGCCGCCGGAGGUGCCGCCGUUCAAGCCGCAGUUCGUGUGGCCGCCGGAGGGGGGAGCGCACUUCGAGCUCAGCGACAUUGAGGUCUCCACCACGAGCGGGACUACCGGCAACGGCGGCGCGUCGUCGGCGAUGGCAACGCAGGACACCUCCUACGACAGCUUCCACCCGCACACGGCGCCCAAUAGCAGCGAGGGCUACUUCCCCGCCCUCUCCUCCGGCCGCUGAUCGAGUGCUUGCUUCAUUCGUCGCAGUUCUAGAAACUUACAUGUGAAUGGAAUGUAAAUACACGUAGAAAUCGAUUUCGUAAUUAAAGGAGUUUUAAUUUGGUCGUGCAAUGCAUUGCUGCAUAUAUAGCUGCACCUGCACUGCAAAUUAGGAGAGCUUGAUCGGUUUCAGGGAAGAGGAUCAAGAAUGGAGUGUGUUUGGGCUAGUCAGAAAUUUUAGUUUUGUACUGCCAACUGUUUCAGCGAGGUCUUCAAAAUUUAUAUCAGUUGAAUAAUAAAGGGCAUUCGUUCA